CACACUUCACUCAACACACAACUUAUCUUUCUAAAUCUCCAUAUUCUCUCCUUUGCUUCAAUUUUAAAACCGCCGAUUUACAGAUGGCACUAGAAGCUCUAAACUCUCCCACCACAGCAACGCCGCCCUUUCAGUUUGAAGAAGUGAAUCUUCACUGUAUUGAGCCAUGGACUAAACGCAAGCGCUCUAAGCGUCCUCACAACCAUCCAACCGAAGAGGAGUAUCUGGCUCUCUGCCUCCUCAUGCUUGCUCGUGGAACCACCUCCGCCGCCUCCAUAGGCACCACUAGCACCGCCUCGCAGCGACACAAGUCUCCUUCUCAAGCUCCAUCUGUUGCUACAACGUCCUCUGACCAGAAGCUUGUCUUCAAGUGCAGUGUUUGCAACAAGGCCUUUUCUUCUUACCAAGCUCUGGGUGGACACAAGGCCAGUCACCGUAAAGGAUCUGGCGGCGACGAGCAGUCAACCUCCACCACCACCACCACCACCACCACCACACCCAACAACACCACUGGUAGGACUCACGAGUGUUCCAUCUGCCAUAAGUCCUUUCCCUCUGGUCAAGCCUUAGGUGGACAUAAACGCUGUCACUACGAAGGCGGCGAAAAAAGCGGAGUGACGUCAUCCGAAGGUGUGGGUUCUAGUACUACACACAGCCAAGUCAGUCACCGUGACUUUGACCUCAACCUGCCGGUAUUACCUGAAUUCUCCCCUGCCUUCUUCGUCUCCGGCGAUGACGAAGUGGAAAGUCCUCACCCAGCUAAAAAGUCUCGCCUCUUCUUGCCACCCAAGAUUGAAGUCUAGCAGAUCGAAUUACGACUUUUUCUUUUUCAUUUUUAGGAUAUUUAUUAAUUUAGAAAAUAUUUUAAUGUACGUCUGUCUUUCUGGUAACCAAUUAAUUUCAGUGAUAAUUUUUUUUAUGUACAUAGCACUUGAGAUUUCCUCACUUGCUUACUCAUGAUUCAACUAAUUUAUUUUUCUCCAA